UUCAAGUUUUGAACUGUGUCCCUAUCCCGCCCGCUCUCACUGACGCUCCUCUGCAUAUAAUAUAUCAACCAUUCUCAUUCUUCUUCGACCACUUUGCUUUUUCUUCAACACUCACUUCUCAUUCAAAGGGUUGAGUGAAUGCGUGUUCAUACACCUUUUCUCAACAACUUGUCAGCAUCAGCAUUUUUCAUUCAACGCUGGAGAAAACUAUGCCACGAGAAAGAAUAAAUAUUAAGAAAAAAGAUCUGGGGCAUACCUUGAAGAAUUUUGUCGGUUUUGACUUAUGGCUUAACAGGGGAGUGUAGGGAGUGUAGUCACAGUGGAACAAUUACCAUUUCAAUGUUUUGUGGUUUCAAACAAAAUCAAGUCAAAGAUUAAGCCUUUUAUUGUGCUUCAUGUUAUAACAUUAGGCUAUUCUUAUGUACUUUUUUCUUAAAUGUUGGUAUUAUCUGACGAAUGGAUGUUAAAUUUGUGUUUGAAGAACAGGUAUGAGCUAAAUUUUCAUUUGAGACAAUUGGGUUGCUCUUCUUCUAGGCACAAGCAAUGGAUAAAGUAGGUAAAGCGUGUGCCCAAGAUGAAGAACGUCCAAUACGUUUCACCAGAGCAAAGGCUAGAGCCUUGAGAGGAAUUCCUCCUCCCCCCUCAAGACCUUCCUCCAAAAAUGAACAGAAAAACAUGUCUCGAGCAAAUUCCAAAAGAGCAGCAGCUUCUGGAGAUCAAACUUCUGUGGUUGUUCCUGCUCUUGGCCAAAAUAAGAGAAGGGCAGUUCUGACAGAUGUAACAAAUAUUUGCGCAGAAUCACAUGAUAAGUGUACUGAUGCAUCAAAAUUUAGGGCCAAAGGAGUUUAUAGAAAGAAAAGCACAAAACGAGCUUCAGGUGUUACGUCUGAACUCUCAUCAACACAAGAGAAUGUUAGAGCAAAGUUGGUUGAAGAUUUAUCAACAAUAAGGAUGGUAGAAUCCAAUGACACCAUAAGUGAACGUGUUAUGCCAGGCACCAAGCCGUCAAUGCAAGAUUCUGUGAAGUCCGAAGAAUUCCAGAGCUCUUCAAAAAAUGGUUUGUCUAAAAUCUCAAGUGCUACUGCCCGUAUGCAACAGACUUUAGAUGUAGAAGUGAUUUCUGAGAAGCCAGGAACCUCAAACUCCCUUGAUAUAGUGGACAUUGAUUCAGAGUUAAAGGAUCCUCAAAUUUGGAGUUCUUAUGCCUCUGACAUGUACAACAACAUUCGAGUCACAGAGCUUAAAAUGAAACCAUUGACCAACUACAUGGAGAAGUUGCAGACAGAUAUUAAUCCAAGCAUGCGUGGAAUUCUGGUAGAUUGGCUUGUGGAGGUUUCUGAGGAAUACAAAUUGGUUCCAGAUGCUCUUUAUCUGACAGUGAACCUCAUUGAUCGGUAUCUCUCAACUAAAUUUAUUCAGAAGCAAAGGCUACAGUUGCUGGGUGUUACUAGCAUGCUGAUUGCAUCAAAGUACGAAGAGAUGUGCCCACCUCGAGUGGAAGAAUUCUGCUUCAUCACAGAUAACACAUACACAAAGGAAGAGGUACUCAAAAUGGAGAGAGAAGUACUGAAUGUGAUUCAUUUUCAGUUAUCUGUUCCCACAAUCAAAACAUUUCUGAGGAGAUUCAUCCAAGCAGCACAAUCUUCUUACAAGGCUCCUUGUGUUGAACUGGAAUUCUUGGCAAAUUAUUUAGCAGAGCUUGCUCUUGUUGAAUAUAGCUUCUUCCAGUUUCUUCCUUCUCUUGUAGCUGCAUCUGCCGUGUUCCUUGCCAGAUGGACCCUGAACGAUUCAGAACAUCCAUGGAAUCCAACUUUGGAGCACUAUACAAACUACAAAGCUUCAGAGCUCAAAACUGUUGUUCUUGAACUGCAAGAUUUGCAACUUAAUUCCAAAGGCUGUCCUCUCAAUGCUGUUCGCGAUAAGUAUAAACUACAGAAGUUCAAUUGUGUGGCAAACUUGUCCCCAAAACCGGUGCAGUCACUCUUCGAGGCCCAAGUGUAAAUGUUUUUGGCUGUUCCCUAAAGACUAAUGGAUGACUUCACAGUUUCCGGCACAGUGAUGCUUGAUAAUCAUCAUCAGUUGCAUAUAUUUUACCAUUCUUUUUCGUCAUCAAUCACCUAUUGCUGUUUGUUCCGUGAUUGUUACAUGUUUAAGAUGGUCUCAUACUCUGGUUCUUCCAGAUUUCUUUGUAAAACAAAAUUGUUGCGGAUGAUACAGUUCAAAGAGUGAGUUGAUGUACUAACACCGAGUAGGCUUCAUUUUAAGGUUGUCAUGAUGCAACAAAGCCCUAUAGUUGGUCGCAAUAUUUUGUACUGAAACAAACGUUUCUGUAUGUAAUGCAAAUUAAAUUACAUACAAUUUGUUUUCUAUUUAUAUAUCGUACAACAUUUGCAA